AUGGACGCUUAUUCCCACAAAAGUAACAAGCCGGAGAUCCAGAAGACUCGCAGCGAGGAGACCCUGUCCGUCCCCAGCUUGCUGGACGUGGACGUGGGCCGGUUCAAGUGCAAGCCGUACGCGCCGUACGCGCCGUACAGCGAGGCGGAGGACACGUUCGCUCCGCUGUACGACGGCAACUAUACCAGAUACGACUACGACUGCUCCUUCCAAGAUAGAUAUUCACUGUUGCAGCCAGUAAUAGAAUUUAUGGCUAGAAUAGGUAGUUACAUAAAACGUUACAACUUUAAGAGCUAUAAAUGUAAAUUCACAAAUAACAAAGAUAUUGCCCAUACGUUUUUGGGAGAGGAGGGGGAAUAUAUCAGCAUUACAUAUGAAGCAAAAAGAAAAAUAAAUCUGUUGAAAGUAAAAGAAGAGAAAAAGUUGAUCAAAGAAAAGAAAAAGACUGAAACUGCAAACAAAAAGUCUAAAAAAAAAGUUAGUAAGACUGUUAAAUCUAAAGAAAUAGAUACGAGUUUAGAGGAUAAUAGCCAACAACUGAUUGAACCUUUUCAACAACAACUGAUUGAACCUUUUGAGCAACAACUUGAACCGACACCAAAGAAAAUAGAAAAAGAAAUAGGCAUAAAAAGUAAAGAAAUGUCAGCAAAUCAAAAGAAAACUAUUCUAAGUAAUCUUUUAAUACAACCUUCUUGUAGUAACAUUCUGCCAAAGCCUACUUGUGGAGUUUGUCAUUUCAACGUGAUAAAAAAUGAAUUGACAUGCAGUGCCUGUUCAAAAAUCUUUCAUGUGCGUUGCAUCCCACCAAAACAUAAGGAACAUAUACCAGACUACUCCGAUUUACAUUUAUUUUUGUGUCAUCGUUGUUUUGAAGUAGAUGAUUCUAAUUGUGACGAUUCUGACUCAUCAACAUCAGCGAAAGAAAUGUUUGAUAUGCCAAUCAGCACGCGCACGGACUCGGAGGCGUCGGUGGCGGAAUUGGGGGUCGCAGCGGGGGCGGGGGCGGGGCCGGGGGCGGUGGGGGACGCGCCCGCCGGGGACCGCGCGCCCGCGCCCGCGCCUGCGCCGCGAUACGGUAAUGUUUCUUCUCCGGCCGAGGUUUUCCGCCGUAGAUUCGCGAACCGACGAUAUAUAUGCGGGACGAACGAGAAUAAGAUUCAUUUAGCUGGCAUUUUAGCACCGACGACGAAGAAUAUAAAGUUUGCUGAGCCCGCUGGUGCCGGGCGGGUGGGAGUCGCGCGUGGGGGGCGCGGGGGCGGGCGUGGGCGCGGGGGCGGGCGCGGGGGGCGUGACGCUGACCCCGCGCGCGGCGCACCACUCGGCGGGGGCGCUGCACGUGCGCGCGCCCGCCCGCCGCGCACCCGCGCCCCCCCUCUCCUCCUCCACGCCCGACCUGGAGCAGCUGGCGCGCCACAGAAUCCUGCCGGCGUUGAGCAGACAUCGCAACCGCGAGCAUCUGCACCUCAGCGACGAGGGCCUCGACGGGCGCAACCUAUCCGUGGGCAGCGAGCGGCGGCAGCGGCGCAUCGAGCGCAUCUGCGAGCUCGACCCGCCCCGCGCCGUCCACCACGCGCCCGCCCCCGCCCCCGCGCCCACACCCGCGCCUGCGCCCCCGCCGCCCCACCAGGAGGUCGGUACUCUGCACUCUACCUUUCUAGCGAUCAAUAA